CGAUAUGCCUGCCCGGCCCGGGACCGUGCGCGGCCUUACAAGGAACACCAAUCCCACUGGGCCCCACUGAAGCUGUCGGCUGCAGGAGACAUUUGGCAUUUGGGCCACUGUGCAGCAACACCACGGGGCAGGCCAGACCAGAGCAACCCGACAUCACCCCCUCGCAUUCGUCCAGUCUUGUGCAGUUGGGGCAUCAGACGUUUCUGGACUUGGGGAUUGCAGCGCGCAUACAUGUUUAUAUCCAAAUAGCACCGCUUCAGCUCUCAAUCGCCACUACCCACCCAGGUUCCAAUCCAACCGCAAGGUCCAAGCUCCCGUCUCUUCUUAAGACCAGCUUCGUCUUCUCGAGCUCCCUGAGGGGCAUCUCAUUCCCGUCGCAACGGCGCAUCCAUCAUGGUAGCGCCAGCGGUUCCCGAGGUCACGGAAGAGGUCCUGCACGAAGCAAUUGAGGCUCGCACCGAGUCUCUGAGCUCCCUUCGUGAACUGGGCCCCCCUGACCUCGUCCACCUCGUCAAACAACCAUUGAGACAACAAACCAAGCAAGUUGGGGUGUACCACCAUGUCACCGGUGUAGAUGCCUCGUCGUCAGCCAGUCUGGCUGCCUACAUCAACACUCUUGCAUACAAAGAGUUUGGCCCCUCGGCAACCACAAAGACGCUCGAGGGCACCUACUGCUGCUACAAUGCCUUCUCCCGAGUCGAUAUGCGCGUGCAUGCCCCCUUUCCUGGUUCAGUAGAAGCUUACUGUAUUGACGAGCGCGGCGAAAAGCGCAAGGCAACCGACGAGCUCUGGCUAGAGACAUAUCUGUGCAGUGUGUUGCGAGCCUAUUCUUAUGCCGACGAUGGAACAGGUGAUGCUAUAAGGAAGAUCAUGUGCGUGAGACGGUUCAACCCCGUCACUAACACGGAGACCGAACAUCGCUUCCUCAGCGCAGCCGAGCAGCUAUUUUUCAGGGGAUGGUCGCUCGGGUCCGACUCGGUUGUACAGGUGCCCAACGUUGUUUCGAACCAUCUCACGACUGGUCUCAUAAAAUACUUUCACACUACCGGUCGCUACGCCUCAGGUAUCAACUUGUUCGAGAAAUUGCGCACGCAGAACGUUGAGGUUGCAUCUUUGCUGGCCAAGGUCAUGUUCAUGGGCAACGAGGAGGUACAAGGCAUCCGCGUCCUGCACGAAGCCAUCAAGGAAAUGCCCAUGGAUUAUGUCAUGCUGGACACACAAGCCGAAUUCCUGUUGAAGAAGGCCGAGACUGCCACCACUCCCGAACAGAGGGAAGAGAGACUACGGCUGGCUCUUGGCUGCGCCGAUCGAAGCACCAUCGCAGCACCAAGCGAGUUUGGAACAUGGGCUAGACUCGCCCAGGUCUAUGUGGCCAUGGAAGAUUGGGAAAAUGCGCUGACGACACUCAACUCGUGCCCGAUGUUUACCUACCAGGAUAAGGAUGCGCCGGUCAUGCCGGAGCCGAAGGAGUAUCACUUGCCAACCCUCCCCGAGACGAGGCUAGACGAGAUCGACAGUGAGCCCGAUUUUCGUUACUCGGAGCAGAUUGACCCGAGUCUCUUGGGCCUCCGCGCGGCCACGUAUCGUGGCACCUUCAAGCAGGCCUACGCCAUCUUGACCGAAAUGACAGCCAAGAUUGGCUGGGACCAGCUGCUCAAGAUCCGGAGCAACGUCUUCGUCAUGGAAGACGAGUACCGUGAGAAGCAGGAAUCCUCGCAUUACCCCGCGAACCGAAAUCCUAGCACCGAUGUUCUUCGCGGAAGCCCUGACCCAGGCGUUAACGGAGAAACCGCGGUGGGGGAGACUGAGGUGGCUGAAAAGAGCGAAGAAGCUGGCCAGGAAGCUGACGGUGAAAAUCUGGCGCCACCAGCGGCCAAGGGAAAGCCCGAAGAUAUCGAGAGACCUUCUAGUGCCAUGGACCCCGAUGUGGUGAAGAAGGCAGAAGAGAAGGGUUCCGAGGACCACUCCUCCCGGCUUAAUAACAAGCGGCUGUGUGAGCGUUGGCUUGACAGCCUUUUCAUGGUACUCUACGAGGACCUCCGCGUCUACACAAUAUGGCGUACCCAGAUGGCUCAGUACCGCGCUCAAAGCAUGCAGUACAAGAAGUCUCCUGAGGAGUGGGAGAUUCUUGGCAGCCUUGCCGAGCGCCUCCAGCACACGGACGAGGCUGUGGAGGCGUACCGUGCCUGUCUCGGACAGCGGUUUAGCCCCAAGGCCCUUGCGGGUAUCUUGAAGGUGUUUAUGAAGACCAAGCUCACACGAGAUGCAGUUGCGGCAGUCAUCCGGCUGGUAACUUGGCAGUAUAGGUGGUACAGCGAGUUCUCGCCCGAGCUGCUACACACAAUUCGCAUUCUCAUUGAGGAUGAGGGCGCCGUCAAGAUUCGGAGCAUCAUUCAGGCCACCAACCUGCCGCAGAACGUCCUGGACCUCACGCACCACUACGCGGCGCUUUGUGCUACUUUCAGAAGCAGUGGCACAGAGGGUUAG